AUGUCAGUCAGUCAGUUAGUUAAUAAUAAUAAUAAUAAUAAUAAUAGUAUACCAUGUGUUGUUACUUCCUCUAGUCAAUUAGAAAUCAACUACUGUAUUAUAACAUAUCCACGUUUCCCAGAAGUCGGAAAAGUUGAGUUUGUUUUUGGUCCACGAUCUGAUGCAUUUGUUUCUGUAACUGGUUUUAAAUCUGAUGUAACAGUACCAGUAGAUGAAGGUGAUGAUCAACUCGUUAGAUCAGAUUCGUUUGAAAACUUUAAUAAAUUAGCUGAUGGUCAAAUAGACACGAACGAAAACGGCCUCCAUCCCAGUGGUAAACUACGAGUAUCCCAUCAGCCAGUUGAUCAUUCGAAAGGUCCAGUUGAUGGAAGUUUAUACGCUACAGUGAACAAACAAAAAGAAACGACUUCAACGUCCAGUUCCAGACUUUUGUCCAACGGCCCUACAUCUCAUGUUGUCAACGGCAACUCGAUUAACUCAAGCAUGGAUUCUGGUAUAUCCUCUACUUCUGAUCACCAUGGUGACUUGUUGUCUCGUUUUGUUUACGCUUUCUCAUUGGUGCAAAUUGUAAGAAGCGUUAAACAAAGUAUCAAUAUUCUUCUCUCUUGA